UUCUUCUGCAGUUGUGCUCCUCCUAUCAGCUGUUCACAAAUUCCAAGCAAACCUUCUCUGAUUCAUUCCUAAUAAUGGGGAAGAAGAAGUUCAUCGACAAGAAAAAGUCGUCGACUUUCCAAUUAAUCGCCCGAGACUCCUCCGAUCCCAACUACGACGACUCACCCGGCGGCGACCGGGUCUUCAUCCAAGUCUCCGGCCAGCCCACCAACGAUGCCGAUUCCAUCUUCGCCGACGCGCCUGAGGACGAAGAAGGUGACCACUACUACGACCACGCUUACGGAAGCUAUUCUGCGGCGGCGCCUCAGCCCCUGCCGGAGAAAGUGAGGAAGGAGAUUCUCGACCUCGGGUUUCCCGACGACGGUUACAACUACUUGAACCACCUGAGGGAGAUCAAGAACGCCGGCGGUGGCUCCGCGUAUUACUCCAAUCCCAAGGCUAAGCUCGAGCAGCUUCCGCAUGACGUCAAGGCAUAUGAUGCUUCGAGAUUGCGAAUUUCGGAGAAGGAGGUUCCGGAUGAGAAGGAUAUAUACACUGUGGCGUCUAAGACUGUCAAUGUGAGGGUUCAGAGAGCUGUUGAUCCUGAAGUGUCUGCAUUGCUUGAUGAUAGUGAUGCUGUGUCGCGGUUCGGUUCUGAUGAUGAGGAUUUGGAGGAGGAUUUUGUGAUUAAGGCGAAUCUUGCUGAUGGAGACGAAGAGGAGGAGGUUUGUGUAUGUGAGGGGCCAAGUUUUGUUGAGCAAUCGGAGAGCAAGAAUGUGAGCAAUGUAGUUGGUAUGGUUGAAAGGAAUAGCACGGAGAGGGGAAAGGGUGAGUUUGUGGUGGAUGAUCCACGAGCUCGGAGGGAUGUGGAUGACGAAUUUGAUAUGGUCUUAAGUCGGGAAUAUGAUAAUGACGAUGAUGAGGAUGACUAUGAUGGUGGUGAUCAUGAUGAUGGUUAUUUUUAUGGAGAUGAAGAGGAUACAUCCAUUGAGGAGAAGCUCAAGGACGUAAAACUUAAUGACUGCGUGAAGGAUGACUUUGAACUUAAUGAAUACGAGGUCCCGGGAGAUGGUGAGGAGAUACAAAAAACAAAGCAGCUUGGGAAGAUAUAUGAGAAUGAAGAUCAAGAGGACGAGGUGGUAAUUGUAGAGGAGUCUAGUGAUGAAUCACAAAAAUGGGACUGUGAGACUGUUGUUACUACAUAUUCAACACUUGAAAACCAUCCUGCAAAAAUUGGAGCUCCAGAACUAAGUAGAAAGAAGAAGCAGCUUUCAGAAACCGUUUUUAAAGGCUUGGAUGCCUCAAAUACUUUGAUAAAACUUGGAGGAAAACAGAGGCUGCCUGUGGACUUCUUGCCUGGUAAUAGAAGACCUCCUGCUGCUACAGAGAAGGUGGAAGAUACAGGUAGCUUGAAAACUGAGCAGCAGAAAAGGAAGCAACAUGGUCAGGAGUCAAAGGAGCAGAAGAAAGAGCGGAAGUCGGCUGUCAAGGAGGAAAGGCGUGAAGCACGGCGUGCUAAAAAGGAAUUGAAGGAACUUUACAAGGGUGAAGCGCAGCAUGCUCAGAGAAUAGCUGCUAUAUCUGGCCCUUCUUCCAAGCGUCUGAUGUGAUUGUGCUGAUCAUCAAAUGGUGAGACUUAAGAAUGCACUGGACUUUUGUCAAGAAGUGUGGCAUCCCCUCAGCUUUCAUGGUUUGGAGCGAGCACAUAUAUGUCAGCAGUUUUGAGAGAAUGGAUAUUUGGAUUGUAGUUGGUUUACAACAGCAUAUCAAGUCUAGUUCUGUUGUUUUGGGCAUGUCAUAAUAUAUAGGGUAUGAGUUGAGUAGUUCUAUGGAGUGGAUUAUGUAACGUGGCUGGAGCUUGAAGAUAAAACCGUCUCUCUUCAACUCUCUCUUCAACUUUCCAACAUAUUUCAUUUAUUUUUGUCUGGAAAUUUCUAAUGUAUUCAUCAUUUCAUCAGAUUC